AUGUGGUCUGAGGGCAGGACGGCGAAUCUCUGGUCUCAGGGCAGAAGUGUCGAGGCAGGACGGGAAUCUUCCUGUCUCAGGGCAGAAGUGUCCGAGGCAGGACGGAUCUCUCCUGGUCUCAGGGCAGAUGUGGUCCGAGGGCAGGACGGCGAAUCUCUCCUGGUCUCAGGGCAGAAGUGGUCAGUGAUGAUGGACCGUGACUUGAGAGUGCUUGAUGCUAUUAAAAGCAUUUUCCCAAAUGCAAAGCUUCUCCUUUGUUGGUUCCAUGUGCUUCAGGCUGUUAACCGGUGGCUUGUGAAGACAGAUGGAGGUCACCUGACACCUGAACAAAGAAAUGUGGUCAUUCAUGCCAUGGCAUCAAUGAAAGCAUGUCUGACGGAGGAAGAGUUUCUCAAUGUAUCUGCCAAGAAGUGCAGUGAGAUCGACACCUUUUUGGGUAGUCCCCAUGUAACAACUUAUCUGAAGACAAAUUGGUUUACCUAUGCGGAGCUGUGGGUAAACUUUGGCAGAACGUUCUAUCACUGCAGCAGUGAGACAAACAACAAGGCUGAAAGAUUCUUCCUUACGUUGAAAUACCAGUUCCUGCGAGGCCAGGCAAACCGAAGAGUCGACCAACUUCUGCUUUUGCUAUGUGGAGAUGUAGAAAAGUAUUACAGCUACAUGGAUGGACUCAGCGAAGCAGGACGACUGACAUUAUCCAGCUCUACUGCUCACCAGGCUGCUGCGCUGCUGUUUAAAAAUGGUGUUGGCAAAGAUUUGGACAUAGAAGCGGGGCAGUGCUUUGUGCCGUCACAGUCGACCAACACAGCCUACAAAGUUAACUUGUUACACUUCACGUGUGAAUGCACCAAUUUCCGGAUGGGAAACAUAUGCAAACAUCUUCUCUUGGUGAAGAUGGAGGUAGGCAGGAGAGGUAUUGACAUUGAAAAAAUGCGGAAUAAAAAAGCGCUAGAAAUCAUCGGCCUCCGUCUCUACCAGCAGACUGAAGAUGAAAUAACCAUCUUCAAUAGUGAUGGGACUAUGAGUAUUGUGAAUAGGAAAACUCCGACUUUGUGCACAUGCAUUGCUAAUAGUUUUGGAGAAAGAUGUGUUUGCAUACAUGUCACGCAUGUCCUCAAGCCUCAAGACAUUCUCACAGACCCCAAAGAAAAUGCACCAGUGUCUGAAGCCUCCCAUGGGAAUCCUCCCAUACAGUCCAUGUUAUCAGACCUACUAGAGUGGAGCAAGUCCGAAGCAUUUGAACAUACCCCUGAACUGUACAAUACCAUCCAAAGAGCACACAAGCUGGCUUUUGGAAAAUUCACUGCUGUGUCCAGAAAAAGGAAAAUUACCCCUUUACAUGGUUACCGUAAAAAAAUUAAAAAAGCUAGACUGCAGAGAGCAGUAGUUGAGAACUUUAAAAACAAAAGAAGAGCAAGAAGAACUUAAUUCUGUUAUUCUGGAGGUCUCAUUGUUUGCAUGUGAAAGCGCCCGUCUUGAUUGGUUGAUGAAUUUUCUUGGUAGUUGAUCAGGUAAAUAAAAUACUGAUAAUUAAAUCAAAGUUUUAUGAAGUUUUGGGAAAUGUAUAGACUUCUUACAUUUAAUGGCAGAAGCAAUAGUAGUGUUUUACCAAUAUGAAAUGUAAAUUAUACCAGCAGAGUGGUGAAGUACACAGGUCCCGUAAUUCAGUAAAAGUAUUGAUCCCCAAGA